UGGCAACUGUAUCAAUUCUCUUCAUUGGUAUUAUGUUGAUCUACCAAUGCUUUUCCUAUUUUUCCAACCAAUUCAUCCUAUGGCAAAAGGAACCACUCUUCAACCAUUCAAAUCUUUUCAACCAAUCAAAUCUUAACAAUUCAAAGAGUGAAGGCUGUGGAGAUGCCCUUGAGUGUGCUUUAGCAAAAGCUUCAAUGGGAAACAAAACAGUGAUAAUUGCUGUAGUGAAUAGGGCUUAUGCAGAGCAAGAUGUGGAGAGUGACAACACAAUGCUUGAUCUAUUUCUCAACAGUUUUUGGCUUGGAGAGGGAAACAGAUAUCUCAUUAAUCACAUUCUCUUAGUUGCUGUUGAUCAAAUUGCCUAUGAAAGAUGUCAAUUUCUGAAGAUGAACUGCAUCAAAUUAGAAACAGAAGGUGUUGAUUUCAAAGGCGAGAAAGUUUUCAUGUCUCAAGAUUUCCUCAAGAUGAUGUGGAAGAGAACUCAGUUCCUCUUGGAAGUUCUCAAACAUGGCUACAAUCUCAUUUUCACAGACACAGAUGUUAUGUGGUUGAGAGACCCAUUUACAAUGUUGGGCAAGAAUGCAACAGAAGAUCUUCAAAUAAGUUUAGACAACUACCUUGGUGAUCCUUGGUCACAAAGAAAUCCAAUCAACACAGGAUUUUACUAUGUGAGAUCAAACAAGAAGACCAUUUCACUAUUUGAAACAUGGUAUGCACAAAAGGAUAAUUCCACAGGGAAAAAAGAACAAGAUAUUCUUAGGGACCUAAUUAAUGGUGGUAUAAUCAAUAAGUUAGGGCUUAGGGUUAGGUUUUUGGAUACCCUUUAUUUCAGUUCAUUUUGCCAAGAUAGCAGAGAUAUUAGGGCAGUCAUCACUGUCCAUGCAGCCUGUUGCAGAAGCAUCACUGCAAAGGAAAGAGAUUUGAAAGUAAUGUUCAGUGAUUGGAAAAGGUUUAAGAAGUUGCAAGCUAACUCUUCUGCAAACCCUAAGUGGAGUAGGCACACUUGGUGUAGCCAAUCUUGGGGAAAAUCACUAACAAUAAAGGGUAAUUAA